UAGCCUCUAUAUCAGUGCAAGGCUUUUUAACCGGGUACAACCAGCCAGGCUUAGAGGAAACAUUCCGUCUCUAGCCUGCUGAGAGCAGAGGUUGUAGCCGAGCGAUAAAGGUGAGUGAGCAAGAAACACGACGCUGGAACUUUGCAUGCUCGGGUUUAAAAGCAUUUUACAGCGAAGGCUCGAGCUGGAGCUCCGGUGAGGAAGAGCCUGCAUGCUUGAAAGGUCUGAAAAGCUAAGCAAACAUGAGCGACAAGGGGACAGUUUCACCAAAAGAAAAGGAGGCAACAGAGAAGAGGGGGCGUGGAAGACCCCGCAAGCAGCCCCAAGUGAAGACCUCUGACGAACCAAGUGGGUCCCCUACCCCAAAGAGGCCCAGAGGACGGCCGAAGGGCAGCAAAAACAAGACAUCCAGCAAGGGCAAAAAGGUAACAACAGCCCCAUCUGUUGGGGGGAAACGCAGGGGAAGACCUAAGAAGGAGGAGAAGGAAGAAAAGGCGUCCCAGGAAUCAUCUGAGGAGGAGGAAGAUGAAGAAGAGGACCAGUAAUCACAACGCAUGCUACCUCACUCAACAUACUGACUUACUGUUAACCAGAACUGGGCUGUAUCUCCAACACCAGUGCCACCACAUGACCACUGUUCACGACAAAGCCCUCUUUGCCAAAAAGAAGGGUUAACACCGUACAAAUAUCAUGCAACAGCACUGGAUAGAACGAUGGACCUUGCUCAAGCAUAGAUCUAAGAAUUACAUGAAAGGUAACAGCCCUUUUCUCUACAUGGCAUGUUAUCACAAGUCUUUUAUACUGGACAACAGUGUGCUCUCAGGAGCCUGGACAUUUCUGUUCCCCCCCCCCCCCCCCCCCCCCCUCCCUCCUAAAGAUGGUUUGUAGGACAUUUUCUCUGCUUAAUGUUUCUUAUUUGUUGUACCCGCAUCUGAGAUGGUAGGGCAUAUAGAUUUUUCUGUGUUUUGUACUGGACAAAGUGAAUUUUACCUAUACAUGCUGUUUUUUUUUUUUUUUUUUAUGUGUGUGAAGUGGUUAACCUAUCCUUUGCAUCGUAUUAUAGAUGGAGUUGAGCUUCAGUGUUUAGGAUGACAAUAGGUAACAGAUGGUAGAAGCAUUUUCCCCAUUUCUAAUCUGCAUAACUGAUUUCACCCCGUCCCACCAGUAGAGCAGAACCAUCUUUACUCUAUCCUGUUUAAAGUUAUGCUUUUUGAACUUCCCUCACGGUCCUCGGCAUGUAGUGGGGAGAUGUAGAAGUGUAUCGUUGGUCUGAUCAGACUAUUCUGAUGAAUUUACUGUUUUGUUCCUUAGGGUUACAUACAUUUGAGAAAAAAAAAAGGAGUGUGCUGCUUUUCAUGUUAUAAUAAAACUCAAAUUUUUUUUGGUAUGUGUUUUUUAAGGAUAGGGUUGGCAGAGUUCUAGGCAGAGAGCAUCAGUGUCAUCUCUUCAGGGAGCUUUUACAAAUGCUGUUACAUUGGCAUCUUUUUGUCUUCGCGUGGUCCUCAGUUUCCAAGCGCUCACCCAAUCACUCGUAAGGCAAAUUGCAAUUGGUCGAUCAAGGAGUUUGAUUGUAAUAGAGGAUAGUUGGUGGCACUACUAUCCAACAGGGCUGUACGUUUUUUUUCAUUCCAUCUAGCUCUCACGGCUUCAUCUAGCUUGGUCCUUCUGUCAUCACUUAGAACAGGAAUCAACUUUUAGUCUUUCUGAAGAUGUGAGGUGUAUGCUGUCUGCUACAAGAAAUAAAUGGUUGUGUAUUUCUAAGUGUCAGGGAACCUGCAGUCACAGUUCACUUAACUGGGUUUUUCCACACACCUAAGCUGCUAUAACCUGUUACGAAACCCGGAAAA